AUGUGGCUGGAUGAUGAAGGGGGAGAUGGUGGUGACCAGGGAAUGUGGCUGGAUGAUGAAGGGGGAGAUGGUGGUGACCAGAGGAUGUGGUUGGGUGAUGAAGGGGGAGAUGGUGGUGACCAGGGAAUGUGGCUGGAUGAUGAAGGGGGAGAUGGUGGUGACCAGGGAAUGUGGCUGGAUGAUGAAGGGGGAGAUGGUGGUGACCAGGGAAUGUGGCUGGAUGAUGAAGGGGGAGAUGGUGGUGACCAGAGGAUGUGGUUGGGUGAUGAAGGGGGGGAUGGUGGUUACCAGGGAAUGUGGCUGGAUGAAGAAGGGGGAGAUGGUGGUGACCAGGGAAUGUGGGUUGAUGAUAAAGGGGAAGAUGGUGGUGACCAGGGAAUGUGGGUGGAUGAUGAGGGGGGAGAUGGUGGUGACCAGGGAAUGUGGCUGGGUGAUGAAAGGGGAGAUGGUGGUGACCAGAGGAUGUGGUUAGGUGAUGAAGGGGGAGAGGGUGGUGACCAGGGAAUGAGGCUGGAUGAUGAAGGGGAAGAUGGUGGUGACCAGAGGAUGUGGUUAGGUGAUGAAGGGGGAGAGGGUGGUGACCAGGGAAUGAGGCUGGAUGAUGAAGGGGAAGAUGGUGGUGACCAGAGGAUGUGGUUAGGUGAUGAAGGGGGAGAGGGUGGUGACCAGGGAAUGAGGCUGGAUGAUGAAGGGGAAGAUGGUGGUGACCAGAGGAUGUGGUUAGGUGAUGAAGGGGGAGAGGGUGGUGACCAGGGAAUGAGGCUGGAUGAUGAAGGGGAAGAUGGUGGUGACCAGAGGAUGUGGUUAGGUGAUGAAGGGGGAGAGGGUGGUGACCAGGGAAUGAGGCUGGAUGAUGAAGGGGAAGAUGGUGGUGACCAGAGGAUGUGGUUAGGUGAUGAAGGGGGAGAGGGUGGUGACCAGGGAAUGAGGCUGGAUGAUGAAGGGGAAGAUGGUGGUGACCAGAGGAUGUGGUUAGGUGAUGAAGGGGGAGAGGGUGGUGACCAGGGAAUGAGGCUGGAUGAUGAAGGGGGAGAUGGUGGUGACAAGGGAAUGUGGCUGGAUGAUGAUGGUGGUGACCAGGAAAUAUGGCUGGAUGAUGAAGGGGGAGAUGGUGGUGACCAGGGAAUGUGGCUGGAUGAUGAAGGGGGCUGUGAUAACGAAUGA